AUGCCGCAAGGCCGCGAGAAUGUCGCGUCCCACCGCGAUGCUGCUGCACGCCCUUCCACCGCCUCCGGCCGCGCCGCAAGGGGUCCAUCGGUACAGUUCGACAUGCCGGACAAGUACCGGUCCCUUGACGAUGACUACGGACAAGCACCGCUCUCGCAGCAUAAAGUCCCCAGCCAGCAGGCGCAGGCGCAGGCGCAGACGCGACGAAGCCGCUCAUCUGCCUCGGGGACCCAUCACCGCGUGCCGGACUCGUACAUGAACGUACCCGAGUCGUCGGCCAUCUCGCCCGUCCAUAGCAAUCGCAAUGAGCGAUCCAUGUAUGAGAGCGAUUCGCUCGAGGAGGAGAGGCCCGGCCAUCAGACAUCGAUGAACCAUGUGCGGCCCCAUGGAAGCGAUGAAAAGAAAGCCGGCCAGGCUGAUGAGGUGACCGUCUCGAGGCUGGCCACCGAGGUCUACACCGUCUCGUAUCUAAUCCUCUUUUCCAUAUUUGGCACCCUCGCUCGACUCGGCCUCCAGGCUCUCACGUACUACCCCGGUGCCCCGGUCGCCUUAAGCGUCUUGUGGCCCAAUUUCGCAGGCAGUCUGAUCAUGGGCUUCCUCGCCGAAGACCGCAUGCUGUUCCGCUGCGAAUGGGGUGCUCCCGAAGUGGGACAGCCGCAAGCGGAGAGGCAGACUGCCGAGGAGAGCCGACCCGACCCCGAACGAGCCGCCGUCGACCUCGCGGCCGCAAGGAAAGCCCACUUGGCCACCAAGAAGACGAUCCCGCUCUACAUCGGCCUGGCGACCGGCUUCUGUGGCUCCUUCACCUCGUUUUCCUCCUUCAUCCGCGACGUCUUCCUGGCCCUGUCCAACGAUCUGCCCCUGGCAGACACCGGCUCGACCACCGUUCCGCGCGACGGCGGCUAUUCGUUCAUGGCGCUGCUGGCUGUCAUCAUAACAACCGUCUCACUGUCACUGUCGGGCCUUUUUGUCGGCGCCCACAUCGCCGUUGCUCUAGAGCCCGUCACACCCUCGCUUCCCUAUGUCUUCGUCCGCAAAGUCGUCGACCGGUUCGCCGUCUUCCUCGCGUGGGGCGCAUGGGUCGGAGCCAUCGUCCUGUCUGCUAUUCCGCCUGAUCGGUCCACCAAUCCCGGCGCCUCCGAGGUGUGGCGUGGACGGGCGACCUUUGCUUUGGUCUUUGCGCCUUUGGGCUGUCUUGCGAGGUUCUACGUCAGCCUCUACCUCAACGGGCAACUCGCGUCAUUCCCACUGGGGACGUUUGCUGUCAACGUCGGGGGCACGGCGCUUCUUGGCAUGGCUUGGGACCUCGCUCAUGUUCCCGAGGGCGGCGUCAUCGGCUGUCAGGUCCUGCAGGGGAUUGAGGACGGCUUCUGUGGCUGCCUGACCACGGUGUCGACGUUGGUGGCCGAGCUGGCGGCUCUCCGGCGCCGACACGCGUACAUCUAUGGCGGCGCGAGCGUUGUUGCGGCGUUGGCUUGCAUGGUGGCUAUCAUGGGCGGCUUACGAUGGAGCGACGGGUUUGCUGGACUCGUCUGUUUGCACUGA